CACGGUGAUGGGCACGAAACAACGGUGAGCAGAGACGAUCAUGUCUUCCACUUCGACUGGCAGCCUUCCGCCCGGCGCUGGCGGAGGCGGAGGAGGGAUCGGCGGCGGCGGUGGCGGCGGCGUAGGGGGUGUGGGAGUACGGGGCUGGCUGUCGGCCACGUCGGUGUCGUCGUCUGGGAAGAGGAUCAAGAAGGAGAUGCUGGAGCUCAAUGCCGAUCCGCCUGCCGACUGCUCCGCCGGCCCCAAGGGCGACAACCUCUACCACUGGGUCUCCACCAUAAUCGGCCCCCAAGGAACCCCAUAUGAAGAUGGCAUAUUUUUUCUUGACAUUGUCUUUCCAUGUGACUAUCCAUUCAAACCCCCAAAGGUAACAUUUAAAACUCGGAUUUACCACUGCAAUGUUGAUUCGGUUGGCGAUCUGAACCUAGACAUCUUGAAGGAUGCGUGGAGUCCAGCCAUGACAAUCUCGAAGGUUUUACUCGCCAUCAGAUCAAUCAUCACAAAUCCGGUUCCCUCAGAUAACCCAGAGAUCGCCGGCAUUACGCAGUUAUACUUGACGGACAGAGCUAAACAUGAUGAGAUUGCAGCAGAGUGGACUAGACGUUUCGCCAGAUAAGAACAUGAGCUAAAUAUGAUGUGAUGGUAUCAUGUAAAUAGUAACUAUACGUUGAGUUUCGUAGAAGGUUGGUUGUAUAUAUAGAGAUUACAACCCACACAAGAAACCAGUUUGUAGAGAGACACUUGUAUGUAGUAUUAAUUUGGUGCCCACAACACGUGAAGAAUUUAUCGAAUUGGAAUCUUACAUGUCUCACUUGUAAUUCCAUGUAAAUGGAGACAAAUGAGUCGUUUCGUUGAUUA